AUGGCAUCCUCCAUUAGUGGGCCGGUACCGUUGCCCCAGUCCAAGUAUGACUUGAACAGUUAUUGGGGCAGAGUCAAGCAUUGCGCCCAAAUAUCAGAUCCGGCCAUGCUUCUCAACACCAAAAAGGACAUUGAGACUGCAAAAAGACAAGUCUGGGACUACAAGAAUGGCGUCACCUCGAGCAUGACUCCCGAACUCUGGCGGGCCAAAAGGGUGCUUGACUCCACUUUGCACCCCGAUACGGGGGAAACUGUCUUUUUACCAUUUCGAAUGUCGUCGUGCGUGCUAUCGAACCUUGUUGUCACGGCAGGGAUGCUCACGCCCAAUUUGGGCACGGCGGGAACGCUUUUCUGGCAAAUUGCAAAUCAGAGUUUGAAUGUGGCAAUCAACACUGCUAAUUCCAACAAGUCGCAUCCACUUACCACCAAACAGAUUGCCGUCAAUUAUACAAUGGCAGUGACGGCAUCGUGCGGGGUGGCGUUGGGAUUGAACUCGAUAGUGCCAAAAUUGAAGCACUUGAAGCCCAACACCAGAAUGAUCUUGGGAAGGUUGGUGCCGUUUGCUGCCGUUGUCUCGGCCGGUGUCGCGAAUGUCUUUUUGAUGAGAAGCGAAGAGUUGAGAAAGGGAAUCGCCGUGUACGACCGAAACGGGAACGAAGUGGACAACUCGAAAACUGCUGCAUGGUACGCCGUCGGUGAGACCGCUGCAAGUAGAGUCAUCAAUGCGACUCCCAUCAUGGUCAUUCCACCGCUUAUACUUGUCAGGUUGCAGAGAUCAAGGUUGUUGAAAGGCAAAUCCAAGACAGUUGAGACGUUGACGAAUAUCGGGAUAAUCUUUGUCACGUCCUUGGUAGUGUUGCCGUUCGCACUAGCUGUGUUCCCGCAAAGGGAAGUGAUUGCAGCUAGCAAAUUGGAACCCAAGUUUCACGAUUUAAGGGACAAGAAAGAUGGACAUCGAAUCACGGAAUUGGAGUUUAAUAGAGGUAUCUAG